AUGACUUCACCAACAACAACCUUAAUCCUCGCUGUUCUAUUAUUCCACUUCGCAUCAACAUCAACAUCAUCAGACUCAAACAACCACUGCGGUCCCACAAAAAACCGGGACCCACAAAACCUCCAACCCAACAAAAUCACAGUACUCAUAAACGGUUUCUCCGAAACCCGAAUUCCCGUCCUCCAAUCAAUAGCCGCCACGUACUCACUCUCACCAUUAGUAUCCUCUGUGCUCGUCCUCUGGGGAAACCCAUCUACACCUCCACGUGUCAUUGAUCAACUGGCUCUCAACCUCUCGUUCUCUUCUGAUGCGAUUUCGUUACAUCGAAACCCUUCUAGUAGUUUAAACGACCGUUUUCUUCCUCGUUUAAACGACAUAAGUACUGAUGCCGUUUUGGUUUGUGACGACGAUGUUGAGGUUGAUGGUGCGUCGUUUGAGUUUGCGUUUCGGGUUUGGUCAGCGAACCGGGAGCGUGUUGUUGGGGUUUUUGCUAGGUCGCAUGAUGUGGAUAUGAACCGGAAGGAGUGGGUUUAUACGGUUCACCCGGACCGGUACUCGAUCGUGCUCACCAAGUUCAUGUUGCUCAAAAGCGAGUACUUGUACAGAUAUAGCUGCGAGGGUGGGCCUCGUAUGACCCAAAUGAGAAAGAUUGUUGAUUCGGUUCGAAAUUGCGAGGACAUACUCAUGAAUUUUGUGGUGGCUGAUUCAACAAAUGUUGGUCCUAUUUUGGUUGGUGCAAAAAGAGUGAGGGAUUACGGUGAUGCACGAAACGAUGAGGGAAAGUUUAGUUUGGGGUUGAGUGGAAGAAAAGGGGAGCAUAGGAAAAAUAGAGGGUGGUGUAUAACUGAAUUUCAUAGGGCUUUGGGAAGAAUGCCUUUGAGGUAUAGUUAUGGUAAGGUUGUUGAUUCCAUUGGGGAACAAGGGUUGUGCCGGAAAGGUGGUAAAUUGGUGUUUUGUGAUCAAUGA